AUGGGAGAGAAUGCUGGUGGUGAUCAGGUCAAAAAGAAUCUGAUUGAACUGAGUUGUCACUUCACAUGGGAGCUGCUGUUGGAAGAAAUUGACAUACCCGAUUUGGAAACAAGGAUCUCUGAGGAGCUUGCAUUCCUAGACAUCAAGGACAGAGUGGGAAUGCUCAACCUCAGGGCCUAUGUGAAACACCUGAAAGGCCAGCAUGAGGAAGCCCUGCAGAGCUUGAAAGAAGCAGAAACCUUGAUCCAGGGAGAGCAGUUGCACAAGAGAAGCCUGGUUACAUGGGGCAACUGUGCCUGGGUGCAUUACCACAUGGGCAGCCUGGCAGAAGCCCAGACCUACCUGGACAAGGUGGAAAACACAUGCAAGGAAUUGGGCAGUCCCUACUGCUAUAGGAUGGAGUGUCCUGAGGUGGACUGUGAACAAGGCUGGGCCUUGCUGAAGUGUGGAGGACAGAAUUAUAAACGAGCCAUGGGCUGCUUUGCAAAGGCUCUGGAAGUGGAGCCUGAAAAUCCUGAAUACAACAUUGGCUAUGCUACUGUAGCCUAUCGCAUAGACUGUGAUGACAAUAAUAUCUCUCUAGAACCCCUAAGGAAGGCUGUAAGGUUAAAUCCAGAAGAUCCAUUUAUUAAAGUUUAUCUUGCCCUGAAGCUUCAGGAUGUAGGAGAAGCAGCUGAAGCAGAAAAACACAUUGAAGAAGCUCUCAGUAGCACAUCCUGCCAACACUAUAUCUUUCGAUAUACAGCCAAAUAUUACCGAAGGAAAGGCUGCCUAGACAAGGCUCUCCAUCUGCUCCACAGGGCCUUGCAGGCAUCACCUGCCUCUGGCUACCUGCAUUACCAACUAGGGCUCUGCUACAAGCAACAAAUGAUCCAACUGAAGACAUCCAGAAAUGACCAGGCCAGAAGGCAGGGUAGUGUGCAGAAAUUGGCACAACAGGCCAUUUGUGAAUUUCAAGAGGCUGUGAAUCUCAGGCCCAGGGAUGAGAUGGCUUAUAUUUUCAUGGCUGAAGUGCAGGCAGAAAUUGGCCAAUAUGAAGAAGCAGAGGCAAAUUUCCAGAAGGCACUGAACAUGAAGAAUCUUGAGUGUCACAUAGAGCAGGAUAUUCAUUUCCGCUAUGGCCGUUACCAACAAUUUCAUCAGAAAUCAGACGACAAGGCGAUCACCCACUACUUAAAAGGUCUGAAAAUAGAAGAAAAGACCUUUGCCUGGAGGAAACUACUCACAGCUUUGGAGAAAGUGGCCACAAGACGUGCUCGCCAGCAUGUUCGACUUGUGGAGAGCACUAGCUUGCUUGGGUUAGUCCACAAACUGAACGGGGACAAGGAGGAUGCCCUGCAGUUCUAUGAGAGGGCUCUGAGGCUCACUGGGGGAGUGAACCCUGAGUUCUGAAUGCAGCUCACCUCUGAGAAGUGAAUGUACUCAUAACUGAGGGUUCCCGGCUUCCUUCCCAGUUUCUUUCUCCAAACUCUUUUCAUCUCUCACUGUGGUGUCUAGAACUUGCACCCCACUACAUCUUCUCACUUACUGACCAGGACUGACCCCUGCUGAUCUGCACUCCCUUGAGCUGUGGGAUCCUAGAACAUCUUUUCCUUAUGUCUGUGUCUUGAGAACGAAAGUCUUCCAUCCUCUGCCUGCCAGUGUCCUGGACAAAGAAGUCUUCUCCAAGGAAGCUUUUACUUUAAGUCACCAGUUACUUUUACUACAGUGCAGUGUCAGAGGAAUCCAAAUGAGCAAAGGACAGAGUUUGCAAGCUGAGAGGUCUCACCUUACUGCAGAAUUAUUCACAGCUAAUAAGAGCCUUAAGUUUAGGGAAAGCCAAGCAAAGAAAACUUGCCAGGACAUUACAGACAGAAGAUGAUAUAAGGAGAUUUGUGCACUUUUCGGUUGUGGGAGCUCGUUUUCAGGUUCCUCAUGGCUUUACCCAGCAGAUCCACAUAGGAGGAUGAUUAGGACCAAAGGCCUGAAUACUGGUGUCUGAGAUGGUCUGCACUUGACUUGCUGGGGAGAGGUCUUUUGCUCCACCCCUUGGUGUCUGUAUAAAUACCCUGGUGCAGAGACAGUCAGGUCUCAUUGGAAUAGGUUCCAGGCCCUCUCAAGGCUCUCCUUUAUUUUCUAUCUGUUCAUCUCCACAUUCUAAAUCCUUUUAUCUAAUAUUUCCUGCUUCUCGCACUCAGGAAACUCUGGGGAACUGUGGGGUUAGUGAGUAAACACCCCGCAGAAUGGUGCCAUGAACAGGAACUAAGAAAAAAAAAGUGAGGGAGAUGAAAGACAAAUUAACAGGAACUAAAGACAAAGUAAUAGGGACUAAAAACAAAGGAAAAUAAUAGUUUUAAUACAGAGUUUUUGGCAAAAGUGCUGAGUCAGACUCUGACAGUGGAAAAAGAAAGGGGUAUGUCUGGUGUAAUAAAUAUGAAAUAUGAAUAUUAAAAAGGGUCAUGGUGUUUUAUCCUCAAGAGAAAAGGAAAAAACUGACUGGAAGAUUGUCCAAUGCUGCAGCGCAAAAAUCUCCUCUAUCAAAUUUUCUAUCUUGUAUCUCUUUUUUAAUGUCUAUGUGUGAAAAAUAAGUAUAAGUUAUAGUAUAGUAAUAUAGUGUAGGAAAAACUUAGAAGUAUAAGAUUGUGUAGAAAAAAUUUAAGAUAAGUAAGGCAACUAGACAGAAAAACUCAAUUUUCUAACUUUGGGGGCUAUUAACGCAAACUGGGGGGAGAAAUCUUUCUUUGAGCUUUAUGGGUAGUUAAAAAAAAAAGCUCUUCUUUGAGCUUCGGGCAGAAAAGAGAAAGAAAAAAGUUUCCUAUGGAAGCUUUAGGCCUGGGGACAGCUAAAGUCCAAGGGGCAGAAGAAAAGUGAUUUCUCCCUGAGGCAAAAAUUCGGGUGUAAGAAUCCAAUUAGUUUAAAGUUCAUAGCUUUGUGAAAAGUUGGUCUUUUUCUCUUGGGGGGAAAAAAUCUUUUUCUUAAACUAAAAUCUUUUCUUGGAAGUCUUGGGCAAAAAUAUCUCUAUAAAAAGCCUUUAUCUUUCUCUCUCAAACUAAAAGCUCUCUUAAAAAACUUAAAAACUAAAGCCUUUGACUUUCUCAGAAGGACAAAAAAUAGAAUCACCUGAAGAUAUUAGCAUGGGAAUCACCUGUGAUUAGCUCUAAGGGAAAGCAACAAACCUGUUAAGACAGCAAAACCUCUAAGUUCUGUCUUUCAAGCUUUAAAAAUCCUCCUUGCAAUGCAGGAGGCAGGGAUGGAGUUCCUAAAAACCUCUCUUCUAAGCUCUGUCUCUUCAAGCUAGUAAAAGACAGUGAGUCAGAGUUAAGGUUCCAUCUUGCAGUCUGGAGACAGUAGGAGAAUAAAGAGGCUUCCAGACUGCUGAGGAGUUUGAGAUUUUUGUUUCUAAGUUUCAACAAUGUUUUCAGACCUGUUGAAAGCUGCAGGUCUAGAAUCCCAUUCCAAUUUAGACAACUAUCUUCUCCUGUUGGGAAGUUGAGUUGCCAGUUAAGCAAUUCAGAAACAGAAUAUUCCUUACAAGGUUUUUCUCUUCUCUUUUCUUUCUUUUGGGUUUGUUGUAAAUUGACGUAACUCUUAAUAGUUGUUAUAAAGGAUCUGAAAUGCAUAGCAACAGAAGACACUAAGUCCCAGAAUUAAGAGAGCCAUUAAAGAAUUAUACUCAUUUCAAUCUAUCAAGAACUUUCAGAAUAUCAAAGCUGUCUAUAAGCUCUGAACUUUAGAAAUGAUAUGCGUACUUCCUCUCUACUUAAGAGAAUCUUCUAAUAGAGAUAAUGAUAAUAAUUAAGUAAGAAGUAGACAAUUAUUCUGUCUUGUUAGAAAAUGUUAAAUCUCUAAGUGUGAAGAAAUCUUUAGGUGUUUGCUAAGUAAGAUAUAUGCUAAUGGUAGCCCUGUAGAGUUUGCUUAAUAGUUCUUAUGAAUAUAAGUGUGUAAAAUAGAUCUAUAAUUAAAUAAGUACAAGUAAUAUGUGAUAGAUCUAUAAAAUAAGCUUGCAAGAAGUAAAGAUGCUAGUUGUAAAUGUAAGUUUAAAUAAGAAUAUAGAAUGAGUAUAAAAAGUAAAUAAGAAAUAUAUUUGCUAAAGUAGUUCUAUAGUUUCCUUAAGGAGUAUAAAUAAGUAGAUGUUAAUAUGUUAUAUGUGAGUUUGUAAAAAAGUGUAAAUGUUGAAUGUGAGUCUAAAUGCUUGGUAAGAUACAUUAUAUGUAAGUUUGUAAAAAAGUGUAAAUGUUAAGUGUGAGUCUAUGCUUAAUGUAUAUGGUGUAAAAAAAAAAAA